AUGGGUGGUGAAAUGGUAUAUAUAUUAGAUCAACGUUUAUCAGCUCAAGAAAUUGUUGAUCAAAAAGCAGCUAAAGUGAUAAACGAUAUUGUCGGUGCGAUGUUUAAUAGUAAAUUUGUUGAUGAACUUUUUCGACCACAAGAACUUUAUCCGAAAAAAUCUGUUAAACAUAUCUUUGAAAAAUUAGCUCAUUCAAGCAUUAUGAGAUUAAAUGAAGCUAGUAUGGAUAAGUUAUACGAUCUUAUGACAAUGUCUGUUAAAUUUCAAAUUAUGCUUUGUCCAUGUGCUUCUGAUAUUAUUAAAGUUACUUAUAAUCAUGUAAAUUCAAUGAGAAAAUUAGUUCGCAGCUCAACAGUACUUGAUCUUUUGGAUAAAGCAUUUAUAGCUUUUAAUAAACAAUAUGAACGAUUAAACGAUGUUGAAUGGUUACUUAUUCGUGAUACAAUACUUUUUUUCUUUCAAGAUGUUCAUAUUCGAGUUUCUAUUUUUCUUCGAGAAAAUUUACAAACUCAACAAGGUCUAUUUAUAAUGAAAACAAAUGGUAUUGUUCCAACUGGUUUUCAAACACCCGGUGAAAUUCGAACAUAUAAAAGAGGUCGUUUGAAUAAUACACAUACAUUUAAUGCCGGUGAACGUCAUCAACCACCUGAUGAUAAACGUACUUUUCAUUUAGGUCUUAAUAUUUAUUCGAAAAGUAAAAGUUCAAAUGAAAGUUUAUUAAGUGAUAGUGCUGUUCGUCGACCAUCUGUUAUGGUCAAUGCUGCAUCAGAUAUUGAAAUGAUUAAUCCUGAUCCAAAAAUGAUUGCACAACUUAAUUUACUUUCUGAUCUGAUUGGCAAUAGUAGUGGCGGAGAUUCAUCACGAUCUGGUCUUGUAAAAUUAUCACUAUUCGAUGAUGAUGAUGACGAGGAUACUGGUCCACCAAUUCAAAAACGUCCUCAAGCGUCAUCAACAAGCAGUCAACGACCGAAAAAUGAAGAUAUUACUAUUGAUGUAUCAAAACGAAAUCAAAAUCCUCGUUUAUCUCAUGUUCUACAAGAUUUUGAUUUUGAUGAACGUCCAACACGUCGAGGAAAAAAUGAUGAUGAUGAUGAUGAUUUAUGCGCAAUGAUGGAUCGUUUACCGGAUGGUACUGGAAAUAAACGACGUUGA